UGCUGUGGCUUCCGUCUCCGGUGGCCAGCUCCACCCAGCGUGCAGCGCGCGUGCGCGACUCCGGCAGGUGUGUGUGGCGACCGUCGACCUGGGAGCUGGAGCCGACGAGGGGGGCCGGCCCUGACGACCGGUUCUUGGUUAGCAGUUGAGAAUUCACAUUUACUAACCAAGAGAGUAAAAGUGAAGAUGAGCAGCCGAAGGAAACGUGCUCCCCCGAUGAAGGUGGAUGAAGAAAGGCAGCAGCAGCUUCACUGGGACAUGCAUGAGGACCUGAGGAAUGAGCAGCUCACCUUGACUGCUGAGGAGCAGGCCUGCUCAGAUGCAGACUCUUCUGAUUGCAUCAUCAUAGAUGAUGACCCUCCUGAAAGUACAGUUCACAGAGAUAAAAGGAGGCGUUCAGAGACUGUGAGCAUCUUAGAAUCCACUGAAAAAGAGACCCCUUUGUCUGUGACAUUGAAUGUUACAGUUUCUCCCUAUCGUGUGGAUCAUUGUUGGAAAGCAUUUCUGGGAGAUUUUGCUCUUCAGCUUCUCCCCAACGAGAGUUUAGUUGAACAUUUUUCUGAAAGGACUUUUACAUUGAUGAGUUCAGAGUCAAGCAGUCAGUUCCUGAUCUAUGUUCAUUCAGAUUGUAAAAAUGUAGAGAAACAAGAAAAUGUACUUAAAGGAUCACCCAGUGUUUGUGGCAAGGGUAUUCGAGUGGAAUCCUCCUUUAGUAGUGACAUGUUACAGGAUUUGGCCUGGCUACAGAAGAAAAGAGGAAUAAAACUCUACCAGAGACCAGAAGGAAAUCAUACAAUCAAGGUGGGAAUUUACAUCUUGGAAGCUGGCCUAACAAGACUAGACUUCAUGAGUGAUGCAGGUUCCAGAAUGAAAAAGUUCAAUCAGCUCAUGAAGAGAGUGAUGGAAAAGUUACAUAAUUUCAUUAUUCCAGAUGUGCUGGAAGAAGAUGAAGAUUCAGAGAGUGAGCCAGAGGGCCAAGACAUUGAUGAGCUCUAUCACUUUGUGAAGCAAACACACCAGCAAGAAACACAGUCAGUCCAAGUGGAUGUCCAGCACCCUGCAUUGAUUCCGGUGCUGAGACCUUACCAGAGAGAGGCAGUCAACUGGAUGUUACAGCAAGAGCAAUUCAGAAGCACUCCUGUUGGUGAUAACUCUCUGCACUUCUUGUGGCGAGAAAUUGUUACACCUGAUGGCUUGAAACUAUACUAUAAUCCAUACACAGGCUGCAUCAUUCGAGAUUUUCCACAUGCUGGGCCACAGUUGCUUGGUGGAAUCUUAGCAGAUGAAAUGGGUCUUGGAAAGACAGUGGAAGUUCUGGCUCUGAUUCUGACACAUACCCGACAAGAUGUCAAACAGGAUGCUCUCACCCUUCCUGAGGGAAAAGUGGUAAAUUAUUUCAUCCCAACUCAUUGUCCUAGAGGGAAAGUGAAAAAUAGAGAAGUCCAGGAUACAGAGUAUGAACCAAAAGAGAAGGUUCACUGCCCUCCUACACGUGUGAUGAUCCUGACAGCUGUGAAAGAAAUGAACGGGAAGAAAGGGGUUUCUAUUCUUUCUAUCUAUAAGUAUGUCAGCUCCAUAUUCAGAUACGAUGUUCAGCGGAACCGGAGUCUUCUGAAGCGGAUGCUGAAAUGUUUAAUCUUUGAAGGUCUUGUCAAACAGAUCAAAGGCCAUGGCUUCUCUGGGACUUUUACAUUGGGGAAGAAUUACAAAGAAGAUGUAUUUGAUAAAACAAAAAAGCAGACAGUAGGGAGUCCAAGAAAAAUUGAGAAAGAAUUAAGGAAGUCAGUGAACAAGGAUACAGAUUCUGAAUACCUGCCAUCAAACACUUCUGAUGAUGAUGAUCCUUAUUAUUAUUACUGUAAGACAAGAAAAAGCCGUAGUAAGUUGAAGAAGCCUGUUUUACUCACUAAAAAAGAAAAGGGUCAGCCUGCUAACCUGGAUUCCCAAGAUGAUGCUCCGGCUGCUGGAGACUCUGCAAGUGCUGAUGAUGCUCAUGUGUCAGAAAGCACAUGCAUCUCUGAAGACAGGCAAACCCAAGAAGCAAAAGACUGUGCUGAGUCUCCAAACCCUGCUGCCAAGGAGUUGGCACAGUCUAACACUGCAAGUCCUUGUGAGAUGCCUGAUUACCGUUUUGAGUGUAUAUGUGGUGAAUUUGACCAGAUUGGCCGCAAGCCAAGAGUUCAGUGUCUGAAGUGUCACCUGUGGCAGCAUGCGAAGUGUGUCAAUUAUGAGGAGAAGAAUCUGAAGGUGAAGCCUUUUUACUGCCCCCACUGCCUUGUUGCCAUGGAGCCAGUGUCAACAAGAGCAACUCUGAUCAUCUCUCCCAGCUCCAUUUGCCACCAGUGGGUGGAUGAAAUCAACCGGCACGUGAGGUCAUCGUCUCUUCGAGUUUUGGUAUAUCAAGGAGUGAAGAAAGACGGCUUUUUACAGCCUCAUUUUUUGGCAGAGCAAGAUAUAGUUAUCAUUACCUAUGAUGUUCUUCGUUCAGAACUAAACUAUGUCGAUAUCCCACAUAGCAAUAGUGAAGAUGGGCGUCGCCUGAGGAACCAGAAGCGUUAUAUGGCCAUCCCCAGCCCUUUGGUAGCAGUGGAAUGGUGGAGGAUCUGUCUUGAUGAAGCUCAGAUGGUUGAAUGUCCUACAGUAAAAGCUGCAGAAAUGGCCCAGCGUUUGAGCGGGAUUAAUCGGUGGUGCAUCAGUGGCACUCCAGUGCAGAGAGGAUUGGAAGAUCUUUUUGGGCUGGUGGUCUUUCUUGGGAUUGAACCUUAUUGUGUCAAACACUGGUGGAUUCGACUUCUCUAUCAUCCAUACUGCAAGAAAAAUCCUCAGCCCCUGUACAGUUUUAUUGCCAGGAUAAUGUGGAGGUCUGCAAAGAAAGAUGUCAUUGACCAAAUCCAGAUUCCACCUCAGACUGAAGAAAUGCACUGGCUCCAUUUUUCCCCUGUGGAGAGGCACUUCUAUCACCGACAGCAUGAGGUGUGCUGCCAGGAUGCCGUGGUGAAGCUCAGGAAGAUCUCUGACUGGGCCCUGAGACUGAGCAGCUUGGACAGGAGGACCGUCUCCUCUAUUCUGUAUCCACUGCUGCGGCUUCGGCAGGCCUGCUGCCAUCCACAGGCUGUGCGUGGGGAGUUCCUGCCACUCCAGAAGAGUACCAUGACAAUGGAAGAGUUGCUGACAUCUUUGCAGAAGAAAUGUGGAACGGAAUGUGAAGAGGCCCACCGGCAACUUGUUUGUGCCCUUAACGGCUUAGCAGGCAUUCACAUCAUUAAAGGUGAAUACGCCUUGGCAGCGGAGCUCUACAGAGAAGUAUUACGUUCGUCUGAGGAACACAAAGGAAAACUCAAGACGGAUUCACUUCAAAGACUUCAUGCCACACAUAACUUAAUGGAGUUGUUGGUAGCCAAACACCCAGGGAUACCUCCCACUUUGAGAGAUGGCAAACUUGAAGAAGAGGCCAAGCAGCUUCGAGAACACUAUAUGAGUAAGUGUAACACAGAAGUUGCCGAAGCUCAGCAAGCCCUGCAGCCUGUGCAGCAGUCCAUUAGGGAGCUCCAACGGAAGAUUCACUCUAAUUCUCCUUGGUGGCUGAAUGUAAUCCAUAGAGCAAUGGAAUUUUCUGUUGAUGAAGAACUUGUUCAGCGGGUGCGAAAUGAAAUAAGCAGUAACUACAAGCAACAAACUGACAAGCUCUCUAUGUCAGAGAAGUUUCGUGACUGCAGAGGUCUUCAGUUCUUACUUACAACACAAAUGGAAGAGCUCCAUAAGUUCCAGAAGCUAGUGAGGGAGGCUGUGAAGAAGCUGGAGAAGCCUCCGUCCCGUGAUGUGAUUGAGUCUGCAACUGUCUGCCACCUGCGGCCAGCUAGACUCCCUCUCAACUGCUGUGUCUUUUGUAAAGCUGAUGAAUUGUUCACAGAGUAUGAAUCAAAGCUAUUUUCUAACACAGUCAAAGGCCAGACUGCGAUCUUUGAAGAAAUGAUAGAAGAUGAAGAAGGACUUGUGGAUGAUAGAGUACCUACCACUACCAGAGGCUUGUGGGCCGUAAGUGAGACGGAGCGAUCUAUGAAAGCAAUAUUAUCAUUUGCAAGAUCACAUAGGUUUGACGUUGAAUAUGUAGAUGAAGGAAGUGUUUCAAUGGAUCUCUUCGAGGCAUGGAAGAAGGAAUAUAAGUUACUUCAUGAAUACUGGAUGACUCUGAGAAAUCGUGUAUCUGCUGUUGAUGAACUUGCAAUGGCUACAGAGCGACUAAGAGUGCGCCAUCCCAAAGAGCCAAAGCCAAACCCACCUGUCCAUCACAUCAUUGAACCACAUGAGGUUGAACAGAAUCGUAUAAAACUGGUGAAUGAUAAAGCUGUUGCUACAUCACAGCUUCAGAAGAAACUUGGACAGCUUCUUUACCUAACUAAUUUGGAGAAGUCUCAAGACAAAACAUCAGGAGGUAUCAAUCCAGAGCCUUGUCCAAUCUGUGCUCGACAGCUGGGAAAACAGUGGGCAGUGCUGACCUGUGGACACUGCUUCUGUAAUGAAUGCACUUCAAUUAUAAUUGAACAGUACAGUGUAGGGUCUCAUCGAAGCUCCAUCAAGUGUGCUAUCUGCCGCCAGACCACAUCACACAAAGAAGUCUCCUAUGUCUUCACCUCAGAGAAGGCAAACCAAGAGGAUGAUAUCCCUGUGAAGGGUAGCCAUUCUACAAAAGUGGAAGCUGUGGUCAGAACUCUGAUGAAAAUACAACUUAGAGAUCCAGGAGCCAAAGCACUCGUUUUCUCGACGUGGCAAGAUGUAUUAGAUAUUAUUUCAAAAGCUCUCACCGACAACAACAUGGAAUUUACACAAAUCAGUCGCAUUAAGACAUUCCAGGAGAACCUUUCAGCGUUUAAAUAUGAUCCCCAAAUCAAUAUUUUGCUGCUGCCCCUGCACACAGGCUCUAAUGGAUUAACUAUCAUUGAAGCCACUCAUGUCCUCCUGGUGGAGCCCAUACUGAACCCUGCCCAUGAGCUUCAGGCCAUUGGGAGAGUGCACCGAAUUGGACAGACAAAACCUACUAUUGUACAUAGAUUCUUAAUUAAAGCAACAAUAGAAGAACGGAUGCAGGCAAUGCUAAAAACUGCUGAGAGGAGCCACACAAGCUCAUCCGGGAAGCAUUCUGAAGCCUCUGUGUUGACUGUGGCUGACCUGGCAGACCUGUUUACCAAAGAGAAUGAGGACCUUGAAUGAAUGCCAUCAAAUCAUUCCACACAUUUUAAGAUAGGACUUAGCUUUCACAGAUGUAAAGCAAAGUUACAAAUUGAAGACAAAAAGUUAGUAAAUAUUAGCCAAUACUAUUUUAAGUUGAAUACAUUUAUUUUGUUAUACACUAGCCUAGUAAUAAUUGGCAAUUGGCUCCUUUUCGGUAUACUGAUUUCAAACCAUUUACAAUGAAUUUUAAUUUUACACUCCUGAAACAUUUACUUUAUGUUCCACAUGUAUAUCUAUAAUUGAUAUGGCAGAGGAAUUAAGAAAAGAAGGUAUUAAAUAAUUUUUCAGUAGUAGAUAUAACUAAACUAACAAGACAGACUACAUGAGAAAGAAGGUAACUUAGUCUAGUUUUGUAUGACCUGAUAUAUACAGCCAAUGUAAAUGACAUUUUUAAAAGGGCCUUCAGCAUCUUUAGCAUAUGAUUCACUAUUAUCUUUUCAGUAAUGUUUUACGAAAAUGCUAAGCUAUAAUAACUAGUUAUUUGCAUGAGUUUAAACUGUAACACUGUCAUUGGAACUUUACAGUAAGUAGUACAGCUCCUAAUAAAUCGUUAGGUGGUUAUUUUGUGUUUUAUUACUAAACAUUAAAAUACUGAAAAACUCAUUUUUCUAUUAUGUUUAAGUGGUAUCAUUGUUAGUGUUUUUAAGUGUAUUAACAGUUACCUACAGUAAGCUCUUUAGUCUUUUUAGUAAGAAUUUUUUUGUGUUUUAAGAUGAUGUAUCUGCAAGUAUGACUUUUUUUAAAAUCAUCAGUGUACUGAAUUCCUUUCCAGUAUUCCUGUAACUCAUCGUUUUAGUCACUAGUUAUCUAAAUUUACAGUAGAGUUUAUUCAUUUCAGUUACUCUCUCCUUAGGAACUAGUGUUUGAUCUUACUGCAAGAGAAUGCUGUGUUCACACAUGCAUAGAACUAUAAGUGGUUAAACUGUCUCUUCUGUGAAGAAUUCAUAGAUGACUUUGAAAUCACAAAAUAAGAAGUAGCUUAUUGUAUCCCAGCCUUGUGUUGUUAUAUAAAUGUUCUUGUUUUCUUUCCUUUAGCUGUUGAAGUUUUAAGUGACCCUCGAGAUUCAUUAGCUCCUACCUAACUGUUGAGAAAACUGUACUAGAAAUAGUCCCUGGGUCUCCUUCAUCCAGGGAACUCUGGUGCUUAAGCUACGGUGCAUUUUCCUAUCCAGGUUUAUAGGUGACAGUUCAGCUGAAGAAGGCACAUUUUGGGUGCUUAUUCUUUAGUUGAAGGGAGAUAUGCAUUGAUUCUUUUAUAUGAAAUUAAACAUAAUAUUUUUACAGCUCUUUUACAUUCACAAAGAGCUAUUCUGUAUAUUGAUGUAGUUGAUACUCACAACAGUCCUGUGAAGUGGAUAUAAUUAGUGUCAUUCCUAUUUUGAAGGUAAAGAACUAAUGCUCAGGAGGAAACUUGCCUAUGAUAUGUAGCAAAUAGACAAAGUAGUCCAGGCCCCCUGGCUUCAUAUCUACUGUUCUUCCACCAAACCGUCUACCAUGCUGAGGUUCAGAAGCCUUGUGCUGGUAAUUUAAGAAUGAGAUUGUUUAAGUACUUAUUUUUGUUUCCUAAUAUUUCAUGUGCUAUGUUCUAGGAAAAAUAAUUUGAUAUGCUUCAAUUAAAAAAUAACAUAUAGAUAGGUAUCUAUACUUAUCAGUGUUAGAGGAAAACUACUCUUAUUUAUUUCAGUAAGAUACCUCAAAUAAAUAUUUUAAUGGAAAAUGAAA